AUGAACGCUUCGUCAACCUUGCGCGCUACAAGGUGUCUCAGAUCUUCCCCUGCCUCGACCAUUGCUGGUUUCUCAAGAUAUCGAUAUAUUUCAACUGCGUCUUUUAAUUGGGAAGAUCCUCUCGCUACAUCCGAGCUUUAUACGGAAGAAGAACUCGCAAUUCAAGACACGGCACGGCAGUAUUGUCAGGAGCGACUGCUGCCCCGGGUUUUAGACGCAUACCGGAAUGAACACUAUGACCGGAAAAUUCUUGAAGAAAUGGGCGAAUUAGGCCUUCUUGGUGCCAGCAUCAAAGGAUACGGUUGUGCCGGGGUAACAACAGUAGCCUCGGGCCUAAUCGCCAAGGAAGUCGAACGUGUCGAUUCCGGGUAUCGGUCAGGAAUGUCAGUACAGAGCUCCCUGAUCAUGACGGGCAUCAACGAAUUCGGAACCACGAAUCAAAAGGAAAGGUUCCUGCCGGACCUAGCUAGGGGGAAAAUCGCAGGUUGCUUUGGUCUCACUGAGCCAAAUCACGGCUCAGAUCCGGGUUCAAUGGAGACCAUUGCGAAGGAACAUCCGAAUAAAAAGGGUUAUUUUUCAUUGUCAGGCGCAAAGACGUGGAUUACCAAUUCCCCUAUCUCGGACGUUUUCUUGGUCUGGGCGAAGCUGGAGAGUACUGGCAAAAUUCGAGGUUUCCUAGUUGAGCGAGAGAAGUGCCCGCCAGGAACACUCGAAACACCUGCUAUUAAAGAUAAGAACGGUUUACGAGCGUCGAUUACAGGGAUGAUACAGAUGGAGAACUGUCCAGUACCGGUUGAGAAUAUGUUAGAAGUCGAAGGGCUUACCGGCCCGUUCACCUGUCUUAAUAGCGCCAGGCUUGGGAUUGCUUUCGGAGCAAUUGGCGCACUGGAGGACUGCCUGAGCAGGGCACGAUCAUAUGCGCUAGAACGCAAGCAAUUCCGUGGCAACCCUCUUGCGAAGUACCAGUUGAUUCAAAAGAAACUGGCAGAUGCGGCUACGGAUGCUGCGUAUGGAAGUCUUGCGGCUACCCAAGUGGCUCGACUCAAAGACUCGGGGAGUUUGACGCCAGAGAUGAUCUCGAUGGUGAAGAGACAAAAUUGCGAUCGAGCCUUGGCUGGUGCACGCUUACUUCAAGAAAUCUUCGGAGGUAACGCAGCAAGCGAUGAGUAUCAUAUUGGCCGGCAUGUGGCUAACUUGUUUGUCGUACAAACUUACGAAGGUCAGAGUGAUAUCCACUCCUUGAUUCUUGGACGUGCUAUAACCGGAGUUCAAGCAUUUUGCUAG